AUGCCUUCUAAACUAGAAACUAUUUGUUACAUUUACGAGUACUCUGAAAGGAUGACCAAAGAUUACACUUUGAAUGAAAUGACUGCAGUUACCAAAAUGGAUAAAAAAGAUCCUAAAAUAAUCGCAUACUUAAGAGUAAAAGCGUUCAUCUUCCUAGACGAUUUAGCCGAAUAUAAUAUCCACCCCUUUGAAACUGGUGAUAUAGUAUACCUAAAAGAAAAGUUUAUCAGAUUUCUGAACUGCAGUUUUGAAACCAACGGCAGAACGAGCCCCACUCCAAAAUCAACCAAUACCAGAAAACCCAAAAAAGGUCGACAAACCUUGUCUCAGAUGGAGGCCACAUCAACAGAUCUGACUACAGACCUUACAGUUACGUUGAACGCAAACCCGCUUCCCCCUAAUUUUCUAACAAGCUCAUCUAAAAGCAAUAACAACACACUUCUAGAAGUUUAA